AUGCUCACUUCUUUCAUUGCCCUCGCCCUUGCCCUCUCUACCUUCGCCAGUCCUUACAAGAGAGAUGCUGGUCUUAGCGUCUCCUUGUCUGGACCAGCGUCCGAUGUCACCAGUAUCGAUGAUCUCAAGUUCACGGCGACUGUAGCCAACACUGGCUCAGAGUCGGUGAAGAUCUUGAAGUACGGGACGAUUUUUGAUGACAUGCUUCCAACCCAAUCUUUCACUGUCACCAAGGAUGGAGAAACCGUCGACUUCACUGGGAUCAAGAUUUCGGUUUCUUUGAAGGACACUAAUGACUCUACCUUUGCGGUCAUUCCUCCUGGACAAUCGGUUACUGCGGAGCAUGAUGUAUCGGCGCUGUUUGACUUUGCUUCGGCUGGCCCAGGAACAUUCACGUUCACGCCUGUGACAGUCCUUCUCUAUCACUACUAUACAGAGGCGAAAGCAUUAGCUUCUGCAGCGUCCUCUUAUAUUGCAGCGAACGGUACUAAUUCUCUCUAUAAUUCUUACUUCGGCACUACGCCGACAGACACGGUUCGCGCGGUAUUUGAUAGAAUCGCAAACGAAUCAUCUAACACAAGGACAAUGGACUGCACGGAUCCACUCCUUCUUUGUUCUCAGCAAGGUCUUGUUGCCUAUACUGCCCAACCCAGUACGAAUAUUUUCUUUUGCAAUCUCUUUUUCACCUUGGAUGGCAGUGCGGCUAUUUGUUCCGGUUCAGUCGAUGAUACGGUUACUGCUGACGGGGUUACUCUCCAUGAGUUCACUCAUGCUACUUCCCAUACCAUCGAUGUCGCCUAUGGCUGCGCUAACGACCGGGCGCUUCUUCCUGCUGAACAAGCUGUCAAUGCUGAUAGUUACGAAUGCUUCGCGAAUGAGGUUUACAAGGCCAAUCAGUGCAGUUAG